AUGUAUCAUCUUGUUCGCUCAAUAAAAUCAGUUUUGUCUCAGCAGUCAACCUACACGCGUGUUUACUACAGUGGCUACGAGGAUGUGCACUUGAGCAAAAUGGCGGCCAGUGCGGCGAAUUUUCGUAAAUUUGAAGAGGAGGAGGAGGAAUGGCAAUUAUUUAAGGAACAAUUGGAGGAAUGGUUCAAGUCGGCAGGAUUGGAAGCCGGCAAGAAAGUGCCAAUAUUGAUAAACUGCCUCAGUGUUAAAACAUAUAAGUUGGUACGGGAUUUGUGCACGCCAGCGGUUCCGGCGGAGAAGACCUAUGCGGAAUUGUGUCAGCUGCUGGCCUCACAUUUUACACCUACAACGGUGGUUCACCGGGAAAGGAGGAUGUUUUUUGCGGCAAAACAAGGAGAACAAGGACCGGAGAACGUAAACAUGUGGAUCGCCAGGAUCAAGCGGUUGUCUGCCAAUUGCAAAUUUGGAAACCAUCUUGAACACAACCUAACCAACAAAUUCAUAACCGGCCUAUCAGGAAGAGCGUUGGAUCGAGUUUGCGAAGAAGAUGAAAACGUCACAUUCGAGAAAGCCAGAGAGCUCGCGCUGAAGUACGAGCAAGAAGAAGACCGAAAGAGUGUAGAGGCGGAGCAUGUCAACAUAGUCCGACAGCGGAUGGACCGAACGAAACACGAGGAGUCGCGUCGGAGAUCGCAGGUGAAACCAUCGAGCGAAGAAGUUGAGUGUUAUGUCUGUGGCAGACGAGGCCACGUCAGGGCAAACUGCCGUUUCCGCAACAGUGUUUGCAACAGUUGCAGCAAAAGAGGUCAUCUUGCGGCCGUUUGUAGGACCAGAACGAAGCAUUAUGUGGAGGACCAGGAGGCGUUUCCAGAUCACGAUGUUUCCGACGAAUGCAUCGAAUCCCAGCAGAAUUUCAUGAGUAAGCCUGUUGUGUUUAGAAUUAAAAAGAUAGAAAACAUUCCCGACAAGCCGAUAAAAGUAGGUGUUACGAUCGACAAGAAAAAUCUGGUUAUGGAACUGGAUUCCGGAGCAGCAACGUCCGCGGUAUCGGAAAAGUUCCAUCGGAAGUUUCUGCGGUGCUACCAGCUGAGCAAUGCUAAUCUAAAACUGUUAACCUACAACGGACAGCGUUUGAAAGUGCUAGGCUGCAUUGAACCGGUAGUGACAUACAAUGGUGAACAGAAAAAAGUGAAUUUCGCAGUUAUCGGAGAUGGAGGACCUCCGUUGUUAGGAAGAAACUUCAUGCGCGAGUUCAAAUUACAAUUGUUACCUCUUAAGCGUAUCAGUGAAGAUCGUAGUGAACAGUUAGAACACGUGUUGAAUCGGUUCAAGCAUAUGUUUUCCGGGAAGUUGGGUAAAUAUACAGGGGCAAAGAUUGAUUUAGAGGUACAAGUUGACGCAAAGCCAGUCUUUUGUAAACCAAGGCCAGUGCCAUUAAGUUUGGAGCCAAUGGUUGAUCAAGAAAUCGAAACGAUGGAAACGAGUGGUGUAAUAAGCAGGUGUGACUCAUCAGUGUGGGCUACCCCAGUGGUACCCGUUCUCAAGGAUGAUGGAAAUCGAAUCCGGUUGUGCGGUGACUAUAAAGUGACGUUGAACAAAGUAUUAAAAUAUGUGCGCCAUCCCUUACCACGGGUAGAAGAGAAAUCACUCUGUAGAAGUUCAUCGAAGCAGAGCAUUGAGGUUCCUGGAACUCCGAUGCAGUAG